UGAAAACGUUACAUGUUACUGUCUUAAAUCCGUACCUCAUCGACUAAGGUCAUAAAGUUAGGAACACACGCCAAGGUAUUAGGAAUAAAUGUCUUGGGAAAAGCAUAAGCAUCGCGGUGGCUAGCAACCUUGCCUCAGUCGUUGUUCUGUCAACAAAGCUCCUAUUUAUCUCACAUUGACGCUUGCAGCGAUGACGGCGCCAAUUCAUUGGAGACCGUGCUACAUAUUUUACCUGGUGAUGGCUUUAUGUCUAUUUGGUCUACACAGUCGAUGGUACUUGGCCCUUCCGAUAUCCUAUUUUGUGUAUCUCCUCUUUGGCGGUUGGCGCUAUCAAAGACUACUCAUUCUGACAAUUCGACGUGAUCUGAAGGGGCUCAAGUGUUUGUUUAUGAUGAUGUACACAACGUAUAGUAAUUACUACAGAAAACAACCGUUCGCAGACUUGUUCGCACACAAUGUCCGCCGCCAGGGCAGACACCACGUAGCGAUACGUUUUGAGGACACCGUAUGGACUCUUGGCGACUUGGAUGACUACUCCAAUAGGGUGGCCAAUCAUCUGCUCCGCUGUGGUUUCAAGAGUGGGGACAAGCUGUUUCUCUUGCUUUCGUCAUCCCCACAAUUUAUAGGAAUAUGGCUUGGAGCAGCAAAAAUCGGUGUCGCCACAGGUCUUUUGAAUACAAACUUGAGCGGUGACGCUCUCCGCAACUGUAUCAAUACUCUGAAUACGAAGGGAAUCGUUGUCGGAGACCGAUCAAAGGAAGCUUUCCUGCAAUGUGGCGCAAACAGUGCCUUCUCUACGGACAGUAUUUGGUAUGUAGAUGAAACAGCAAUCUCGCCAGAAUCUGCCAUGCACUACAACAACAUUUCUUCAGCUGCCAACUGGAAUUUGGCACUUUCCGAACUAACUUCCUGCCCUCCACCAAAGCUUUGUCCAGUAAAAGGACGUGAACACUUGCUCUAUAUGUAUACCAGCGGAACAACUGGACUGCCCAAGGUUGCUUUGUACAUUGGGGAGCUUUGUCGAUACCUGCUUGCACAACCGCCGAAACCAACGGAUACCCAACACCAAAUUCGACUUAUCUACGGUAACGGGCUACGUCCUGAUACUUGGAUCCAAUUCAUGCAGCGGUUCAAGGUGCCUCUAGUUGGAGAGUUGUACGGUGCCACCGAGUCUAACUGCAGCAUUAUCAAUUGCGAUUUCAAGGUUGGUGCGAUCGGCUUCAUCACACAACUGGUUAAAGGCGUAUAUCCCAUUAAUCUCAUCAAAAUGGAUUUGAACACUGAGCAACCGAUCAGAGAUUCAAGAACUGGUUUUUGCAUUGAAUGCGCGCCAAACGAACCUGGUCAACUGGUUGGUCGCAUCAGCAAUCACAAUCCUACAAGAUUCUUCGAUGGUUAUGCAGACAAGGAAGCGUCAGAGAAGAGGAUACUACGCAAUGUCUUCAAAACAGAUGAUACCUGGCUGGCAUCAGGUGAUCUACUAUAUCAAGACGAUUUGGGCUAUCUCUACUUCAGCGACCGCCUUGGUGAUACCUUUCGUUGGCGUGGUGAAAAUGUCUCCACUAAGGAAGUCGAAUCAAUCCUCCUCCGUAUAUCUCCUGAUCUGGUCUGUGUUGUUUAUGGGGUCCCAGUGCCCGGGAAUGAGGGCAAAGCUGGCAUGGCUGCCAUCCAGGUCGAAUUUGGCAAACUGAGUCCACAGAAUGAGCAAGAGAUAAUCCGUCAAAUUUAUCGCGUUGUUUCGGAGCACCUUCCAUCAUACGCAAGACCGCUAUUCCUACGGCUAUGCGAGAGCAUUGAAAUGACUAGUACUUUCAAGUGGAAGAAGAACGAACUGGCAGAGGCUGGAUUUGACCCUAAUAAUACAAAGGAUCAUCUUUACUGGUUGGACGCUCAAGCCGAAACAUAUCGCACGUUGGACCCCGAAACUUUCGAGCUCUUGAAGCAUGGUUCUAUGCGCUUGUAGUUUAGCAGACCAAAUUUUACUUGCAAUGUAUCACACUAAUAUUUGGCACUCCAUCCAUUUUUGGCCACACGCUUUCUAUAAUUUUUGCACUGAAUUGUGCUUAUCAUCCAUCUAGUUUUUAUACUUUAAGACUUCUGAGUUGUUUAUUAAUGCAUACACGUGACACUUGCC